AUGGCUGAAGCGACAGGUCCACGGCACCCAGAUAGUAGCGUCCGCGGUGCCAGACAGCGCAAAGAUCAGCGACUUUUGAGGAGAUUUGGAUCAGAAAUCCUGGAAGAAACCCUCAAGGUCUACCAGUGCCAGGCCAGAGAUGAUGUAGAUUCAUGA